UCAUAUAUGCAUGAGAGUGCUCAAGGGGGGAAAAUGGCCGGAAGCUGCUACUGCAACGGAACCAGCAGAAAGAUGCAGUAGGUGUGGAGUUGUUCCGUUCUCUCCCCCCUCUAUAUAUGAAGAGGUAACUGGGGAGGUCCUCCAAAUCACAUAAGCCAAGCUAAAUAGUUGAGCUUUAAUUGUCUGGCGAUCGGAGAGAGCAAUUAAUGGCGCCGUCUGUGAGAGGAGUCAUGUUGUUGGCCUUCGCCACGGCUCUGUGGAUCAGUGGCACGCAGAGAGCAGAGGCCCAGCUCAAGCUCGGGUACUACGCCCACAGUUGCCCUCGGGCCGAGGCCAUCGUGAAGGACGAGGUCGAGAAGGCCCUCGCGGACGACGAAGGCGUCGGCGCUGACCUUCUCAGAAUGCAUUUCCAUGAUUGCUUCGUCAGAGGCUGCGAUGCUUCGCUGCUCUUGGAUUCCACCAACGCAAGCAAAGCCGAAAAGGACGCGCAGAUCAACCUCACGCUCGAAGGGUUCGACGUCAUCGACACCGUCAAGGAGAAACUGGAAGCCGCCUGCAAGGGCGUAGUCUCCUGCGCCGAUCUCCUCGCGUUUGCUGCCAGAGAUGCCAUUGUUCACUACGGAGGAAUCCACUACAAGGUGCCGUCUGGGAGAAGAGAUGGCCGGAUCUCCAUUGCGUCGGACACCGACGUGCUCCCUUCGCCGGACUUCAAGCUCGCCAAGCUCACCGACCUGUUCAUCUCCAAGGGCUUGAGCCAGACCGACAUGGUCAUUCUCUCGGGAGCCCACACGGUGGGGAUUGCGCACUGUGACGCCUUCUCCAAGCGGCUGGAUUCCGGCGACCCGACGUUGGACUCAAAGUACGCGAGGGUGCUGAGGAGGCAGUGCCCGCCGAAGAGCAACAACACGGUGCCGAUGGACCCGAAGACGCCGAACAAGUUCGACAACCGCUACUACCGCCUCGUGCUCAGCAACCGCGCCCUCUUCACCUCCGACGUCUCGCUGACCUCCACGCCAGGCACAGCCACCCUGGUCGAGAGCCUCGCCAGGAACUUCAAGAGCUUCCAGCUCAAGUUCGCCGAGGCCAUCGUCAAGAUGGGCUCCAUCGGCGUCCUCACGGGCCACGACGGCGAGGUUCGCAGCAACUGCAGAGUCGUCAACUGAAGAUCAGCGGCCGGAAUCGAUCGUCGCUUCCCUUCGCAUCCGUGAUUCUACGUGUUCACCCAUUCGAUCGUUUGGUACUACUAUACGAACUACGAUUCGUGUAUUGUCUCAUCUCAAUUUUAUUUUUUCUUGUCGUCGACAUAAAUCUGUGUCCUUCACUGCGUGCUGAAUAAAAACGUCAAAAAUGUGGAUUUUUUC